CUGCAGUCUCUCCGGCGGAAACAAUAUCAGAAACUGAAGCAGGCGUCCGUCUCACGCCUCUUUAUUUGCCACCUGCUAACAAACAAAGGCAAGAACCAUAAUGGCAACAGCAUCUCUCCCACUCGAUCCAGAUUUAAUGAGGGAGAUCCUUGAAUGUCCCAUCUGCCUGGAGACCUUCAACGAGGACCAAAUUAGACCCAAACUCCUCCAAUGUGGUCACACUGUGUGCCGCCAUUGCCUGGAGAGGCUGUUGGCCAAUACCAUCAACGGUGUGCGCUGCCCCUUCUGCAGCAAGGUCUCGCGCAUGAGCAGCAUCUCGCAGUUGGCCGACAAUCUCACUGUGCUCAAAAUCCUCGACUGCGCCACUUCCUGCGGCGCAGCCGCCGCUGCCCUCAUGUGCGGGUCCUGCUGCAGCCGCCUGCCGCGACAGUACUGCCACGACUGCACCGUCGUCCUUUGUGAACUCUGUAAAGGUGAAGGCCAUCUACUCCUCGGUCAUACCGUCCAGCCCGUGCAGAUGGCUGCCCAGCAACGUCGGAAAGAACUCGGUGGAAAACUGUCCGCCCUACGUGAUAUCAUGGGUGAAAUCCAGAAGAAAAAGACAGCCAUUGAAAACAUUACCAAAUCGUUAAGAGCGAAGUACAGAGCGGUGCAGCAGGAUUACACUACGGCCGAGCUGCAGCUUCAAGAAGAGCUGAGCCGCUCGCGGAAGGCAUUCACAACAUCUAUGGCAGAGGUACAGAAGCUCAAUGGGCAGGUUCUCGAGGAGCAGACGUACCUCCUCAACAUUGCGGAGGUAAAGGUGGUCUCGUGCUGCGAUUAUCUGACCAUGCGAGUGAGGCAGAGUGACAUCAGCCUGCUAAAGGAUGAUGGAGGCGGGUGUGAUGACGAGGAGCUCAACCUGAGGAGCAGCUUGCCCACCGUGUUUCAGCUGCACGAGCCGGAGUUGAUCCGGACGGAACACUCCAAACCAGCAGAAGUGGGACAUUUGGCCACAAGCACGUACACGGUCAAUACAGACAAUUCGGAAUGUGCUUUGGCCGUUGCUCUCGAGGGCGACGUUGAAGGUCUAGAUGGGGCUUUCGGCGGUGCAAUGGGGCGACCGGUGGAUGUUUGCCGAGAUGUUGACAUGGUCGCAGCGGUAGAUGACAGGAUAAGUAGCUCACCUGUCACCUUUAAGUCAAAGUCCAUGGACGCAGCGGGGGAAUCACAGGGAGGUGCAUGUGCAGCCCUCCAAGCCUGCCAAUUUGUGAAGAAGAUGGGCUGCAAGGGAGCGCUUCCUGGCUCUUUCAAUAUACCAGUUAGUAUCUGCGUAACCCAGCAAGGUGAGGUGCUCGUGGCUGACCGUGGCAACUACCGCAUCCAAAUCUUCAACCGCAAAGGAUUCCAGCGCGAAAUCCGCCGAAACGCUAGCAGCAUAGACAACUUUGUCCUGAGCUUCCUUGGCGCCGACCUCCCGAACCUCAUGCCCUUGUCCAUCGCUGUCACGCCUCAGGGCCUGAUCGGAGUCACUGACAACUACGACAACUCGGUCAAAGUGUACACUAUGGACGGGCAAUGUGUGGCUUGCCACAAGAACCAGCUCAUCAAGCCCUGGGGCAUUACUGCAAUGCCCUCUGGCCAAUUCGUGGUGUCGGAUGUGGAGGGCGGCAAGCUGUGGUGUCUCGCCGUCGACCGCAACGUCGGCGUGGUGAGCUACAGCCGGCUGUGCUCAGCGGUGCGGCCCAAGUUUGUGACGUGCGACGCCGCAGGAACAGUCUACUUCACCCAAGGUCUGGCACUCAACUUCGAGAAACGCCACAACGAGCCCCACCUGGAGGGGGGCUUCUCAAUUGGCUCGGUGGGCACCGACGGACAGCUCGGCAAGCAGCUCAGCCAUUUCUUCUCUGAGUCAGAGGACUUCUGCUGCAUCACCGGCAUGUGUGUUGACGCCAACGGGGAUCUGCUGGUGACGGACAGUGGCAGGAAGGAAAUCCUGCAGUUUCCCAAAGAAGGGGGGUUUAAAAUUCUUAUCCAGGAGGGACUGAACUGCCCUGUGGGAGUGGCCACCACACCCAAAGGGCAGCUGUUGGUGCUGGACUGCUGGGACCACUGUGUUAAAGUCUACACAUACAUUCAAAGAAGGCACUCAUCCACCUCUUAGAGGAGUGAACCACACAAAGUGCGAAAGGAAGCGUAGGUAUGUUUCGGUAGGCACACAAAAGAAUUAUUUUUAUUUUACUUCGCCCAACAAAAUUUCAAUUAUGUCACCUCAAUAUAACACUACCAAGCAGCCUUUAGUUAGUUAAUGAACUUGCAAUAAGCUUUACAUUUAAGAAUACAGGCACAGGCUGUCUCAUCAAAAUUAAGUGUUUCUCCCUCCUCUGUAAUUGGUUUAAAUUCACAAUUCAUGAACAGGAAAAAGAGGUAUAACUGCAUUCACAAGUGAAAUAGCGCCACUCUCUGGGCUUUGAGCCUGUGAAGCACUUUACUGUGGACACACUUGUUUUCAUCGCACGUUGACAGCUUUAAAGUUUUUUUUCUGUGCAGUUAGAUAAUGACAAAUACGUGAUUUCUGUAAACUGCAUUCAGUAACAUUCAGGGAGCAUGCAUGUAGUAUUCUGUGUUACACGCACUAAAUGGCUCGUUUGCUGUGAACAUAAGCCGUGGAAUAUUAAACUAGUCAGUGUGGUUUUGUGGGUUUUCAUUUAUACUUGGCAUUGACGAGUUUAAAAAAAUUAUAUACAAAAAAAAAUGUAUAUACACUAUGGCGUGUACUUUUUAUUAAGCCGAAUGGAAGAGUGAUAGACGUGAGGUCUCUAAAAUGUCAAAAAUGAUGUUAAGCACAGAGAUGGCCAUAAUAUGGGCACACAAACAGGAGCUUAGAACAUUCAGAGAUCUAUCACAAUAUUACAAAAUAAUGUUUAAUUUCCCUAUACCCAUUCAAAGGAAUUUAGUCAAAUGUCUACUACAUUUGUGGGUGAAACAUCCCAACUGUCCAAUCUGAUCUCUUGAGAAUUUAGUAUAUCUCAUGACACUUAUAUUUAGUAGAAGAAUUCCAAGUGCAUCUCAGCCAAAGUUGCUGGAAAACAGUUUGGUUUGAAUGUUAUUCUUCUCAUAUGAUUUCUAACUAAAAUCUUUUAGAAACCUCAAUAUUUGUGUUUAAAAAGGCAAUAUAGAAAUGAGCAAAAAUAAUGCAGCCGUCCAUGUAUACAUCCCACAGUCCUCUUGGUCUUUGUCGUAUGGCUUUCCAUAAACAGUAUCUUGAUGCUUGCGAAGCAGGUUUACUGAUUGUCAUAUUUCCUACUAAAAUGUCAGAGGACAUAGGACACUUUUUCCUCAAUUGUUUUCUUUUCAAUACUAGUGUAACACAUUUAAGCACUGAAACACUUUUUCCUUCUCAUAUAAACACAAAAACAUGUAUUCUACACUCACCUGACACAAACACAACUAAAAAUGCACAGUCGUCACAACUUCGUCAAAACUAAAUAAUAGAUGGCAAUUAUUAAUUGAACAAUGUCUUUAUUAUUUUGGUUGGAGUUUGCAGUUGUAAUAGUUUAAUAACCAAAAUAUGAGAAAUUGCAUUCAGUAUGAUGCAGUGCACCUUUACAUAAUGCAAACUACAACCACCAUAAUACAUUUUUGAAAACUGAGCGUUAUUAUCUUUGGGGAGGAAUAUUUCCGUAUUUAUUCAACAUAAAAUAAAAAGUCAUAUUUUUUUAUGACGGGUUGGUGAAUUGCUGAGCUUAACCCUCCUUUUCCCUCCAAAAAAAUAAACCUAUGGCACAUGCUAUAAAGUGAGUGAUUGUCGAAUUUUAAAAAUAAAUUAAAAAAAUCUUUAUGGAUGGCUUGGUGUAUUGGUGUGCCUGCUCUCGUAUUGUUUUGUACUGCCAAAAAAACUUAACACAUACUUACAUAUACAAUACGGCACAAACACUAGCCAUACAGAUAUGAAAUCCAUCGAUAUUCAAAUAUAUUGUCUUUAUCAUUGUCAUUUAUAGAUUUUUACUUUUUUUUUUUUAACAUUUUUUUUCAAAUUUGGGGAACCAAAACAUAUCUUACAUUGGAAAUAUUGUAUGCCUGCUGUAAAACAAUAUGCGCCUUCCAGCCCAGGUUGUGUUCAUAAGAGCACAUUGUCUGAGCCUUAAAAUGACUGCACUUAAACAGCUACAUACUACACACAGACAGUGCACACGUGUACGCCAAGUGAAUA